AAGAACCGGGAAGAAACUAAACAUUUGGAAUCAGAACGUCUAGUUUUGCCAUGACAGGUUCUUGUUCUUCGUCUCCACCACAACAUUUCUUCUUCUUCUUCUUCUUCUUCUUGUUCGUCCCUUUUCUAAGCUUAGCACAACAAACUGUGGAUAUAAACAGUUCUAACUGGGAUAUUCCUCCGAAGUCACUAUGUCGAUCCCAACAAGGCAACUUCUUACAUUCCGAAUUCUUCCACAACCUUAAACGUCUUGUCUCUUCAAUCCAAUCUCUCCGUUCCAACACCUACAACUUCUACAACCUCUCCAUCGGAACAAACUCAGAUAAAGAUAAAGUCGAAGCCAUGGGGCUAUGCAACAGAGUACUCAGUCGAGUAGAUUGUCUCAACUGUAUCUCCCAUGCUGCACAGAUUCUAACCACAAGCCACUGUCCACGUAGCAGAGAAGCUCACAUACGUACCUCAAAAUGUAUGUUUCGUUACUCGGACAAGCCCAUUUUUGGGAAACUCAAAACGUUCCCUACCAUGGAGGCUGUGAACCCAAACAACGCUACUGCAAACCGAACCGAUUUUAUUCGAAUGCAGAGCAAGUUACUUAACCAUCUCAUACUCCAAGCUGCAAGAGGUGACUCUAAGAGGAAGUAUGCUCAAGGAGAUGGUCCUGCUCCUCCACCUUACACCAGAUUCUACGCCACCACGCAGUGCACGCCUGAUUUGUCUCAUAAAGAUUGCAACCGAUGUCUCCUUUAUGGUCUUCAGAACGCGACGGAAGGGAGAAUUGGGAUCAGAUGGUUUUGUCCGAGUUGUAAUUUUCAGAUUGAGAGUGACCUGAGAUUCUUCCUUUUAGAUUUUGAGUAUGAGCCUGAUGGCCCUGAUCGAUCAACAAUAACAGGAAUAAGCAAAACCAAAAGUAUUAUUGCGACAGUGGGCUCAGUUGUUGGUUUAGUCAUAAUCAUAAUAUGUAUUUACUUCUUAUUGACAAGGGAUAGAAGAAAAGAAAAACAAAGUCUUGAAGGAAAAGAUGUCAAAGACAGUAAGAUUAAAGAUGCACAAUUAUUUCAAAUGGACAUUGAUACCAUAAGACUAGCAACUAAUGACUUCUCUCCUAACAAUCACCUUGGAGAAGGUGGCUUUGGUGCAGUUUAUAAGGGUGUUCUUGUUUCUGGGGAAGCGGUGGCUGUGAAAAGAUUGUCAAUGAAAUCAGGACAAGGAGACAAUGAGUUCAUAAACGAAGUCUCAUUGGUCGCAAAACUUCAACAUAGGAACCUUGUUACGCUUUUAGGUUUCUGCUUAGAUGGAGAAGAACGACUUCUCAUCUAUGAGUUCUUCAAGAACACAAGCCUCGAGCAUUAUAUAUUUGAUUCUAAUAGGAGAAUAAUCCUGGAGUGGGAAACGCGUAAGAGAAUAAUCUUAGGUGUUGCUCGAGGUCUUCUUUACCUCCACGAAGAUUCUCGUAUCAAAAUUAUUCAUAGAGAUCUUAAAGCAAGCAAUGUUCUAUUGGACGAUGAAAUGUAUCCGAAAAUCGCGGAUUUUGGAACGGCUAAGUUGUUUGAUACAGAUCAAACAAAUCAGAUCAAGUUUACAAGCAAAGUUUCAGGAACCUACGGUUACAUGGCUCCAGAGUAUGCGAUGAACGGGCAGUUCUCAGUGAAAACUGAUGUAUUUAGCUUCGGUGUACUAGUUCUUGAGAUCAUUACAGGAAAGAAACACAACUGGUCUCCAGAAGAAGAAACCUCACUGUUCCUCCUUAGCUAUGUAUGGAAAUGCUGGAGAGAAGGGAAAGUGUUAAACAUUGUGGAUCCAACUCUGAUUGAAACAAAAGGUCUAAGUGAUGAGAUCAUGAAAUGCAUUCACAUUGGUCUGUUGUGUGUUCAGGAGAAUGCAGAGAGUAGACCAACAAUGGCUUAUGUUGUUGUAAUGCUGAGUGCGAGCUCUUUCGCGUUACCGAGACCCUCACAACCUGGUUUUUGCCCACUUGAUGGAGAAUCAUCAUCAUCAAGAGGCAAUCACACAAGUAGUAUUCCGUCUUUCAAUAGUGUUUCAAUCACUCAGUUAGUUCCUCGUUAAUCCGUGUGUAAUUGUAUUGCUUUAAAAUCUACUUCAGCAUGAUCAUUGCUGAAUCCAGUUGAUGAACAAAACUUGUUGAUAGUGUUGUAAACGAAGAAAAUUUCAAUGGCUUAGUGGUAACUGCCCUAUAUUUAUGUCAUACUAACCCGGGAUUCGAUCUUUUCCUUCGCAUUGUUUUAACCGAGGCUUCUAGCUCUAGUGGUAAAAGGCUUACAACUGUGAGUAUUAAGCGGAAUGUUUCUCUGCCUGAUUGGAGCAGCUUGUUCCUGCUGUUCCUGCUGAUGUUGUGCAGCGAGUAUAUCAGCUUGUUGAGAAGCUUCAUGCUGAGCUUGGAUGGUCUGUUGCAUCUGAAGCAUCUGUUGCAAAUCAGAAGCAAGUUUCUCUGGAUUUCCGUAGUCGCCCAUUGUGGCAUUAGUCAGCUUUGGUUGUUGACGGUUUAUUCUUUCUAACCUUGUUAGCUCCUGGUUACUAAGUGUAACUAAUUCUCUUUGUGCGUUUCUCCGAGUAUGUCUACUGGUCAUGCACAUGGAUCAUUAGCUGCAGGAAAAAAAGUAAAGCAAGUUAGAGGUUUUAGACUGAAUAUAUAACCGAAAAAUAAAGGUAAAAAGCUGGUCUCUGUCGCAAUGGCGCAAAAACUUGAUACACUAAAAUUGUGUCUUUUCUACUGCAAGGUAAUAAUGUAAAUGUAGUAUUUUGAGAUUCAAUUUCAGAGGACCAAUUUACACUUUAUCUUAUUGGAUCAAUACUUAGCUAAAAAAAUGAUGGGGUUUUGAGUUUAAUGUAACGUGAGAAACAAGUAAAAAAAUUUAGAUGUUGAAUUCAGAUUUAAAAAAAAAACAGCUUAGGGUUACUUCAUUGGGUGUUAAUACUUGUGAACCAAACAAUUAUUCAAGCAUAGUUAAGCGCAAGUCUAGAAAUCGGAUCAGUCAAGGUAGAACGGCUCACUGUCGUGGAACUCUCCCCUUUGCAAGUCGAUCUUAAUGUCUAAACUCCCGCUUGGAUCAAGAUGCGACAACAAGCAGUAGAUUUAAAGCCGAUAGGUUCACCAAAUACCCUAAUAUCUACUUUUGCUGAUUAGAGAUGCAAAGCUCGUUCACAUCAUGUCAAAUUAUAUAUUACACAGAUAAUGAACAGAUGACUACUAGAUUCAUACAUUAAAUAAUCAGAUUAAUGCAAGCAGUAAGAAUGAAUAUGAAUGAAGACAAAUGAUUGAUUCACUUCUCUAUAUUCAGCUCAAGAAAUCAACACCCUAGAACCCUAGACAAGCUAGCAUACUACUCAUCUAUAUCACAAGAGACCAAAGACAUGAUUUCUAAAUAAUACUUUAUAUAAAAUAAAAUACAAACAAGAGGGUUCAGGAUAAUCUUCUCUAGGCGAGAGAGAUGGAGUCUUCUCCCUAACAAGUAGAAAAUCGCCAAGUACAAAACUCUAGGGUCUGGUUUCUUGUGUAAAAAUAGCGUAGAAAAACAAAGAGAAAAAAAGAAAAAGAAGAUCUGUGGAAGCCACAAGCGGCUAGGAGAAAAAUAUGGGAUGAUUAGGGAAAAUCCCAAAAUAUUAUAAGUUUCAAUAAAAAUCUCUGCCUCGGGAACAAACACUCAUGUUGCUCUGCACGCUCGGGAACAGCCUGCAAGGUUUCUCCACUCGUGAAAAUCUUCAAUUCGAGUUUUUUUUACUCUUUUGCUCUAGAUGAUCGUAGUUCCCUCAUAUGCAAUUCCAGACACGUAAUGACUCGAAAAAGACUAGAAAGACUCAAUAACGAUAUGAAAACCAAUUAGAAAACAUAUAUACAAGAUGUCAAAAACACCAUAUAUCACUAGCAUCUCGCCGAACCUUGGAAUCUCCUCUCCCCCUUUUUCUUUCUUUCCUCUCGGCAUCUAAGCUCAUCUGAUGGCUCUUACGGUUCUGCGUGGUUCAACGGAGGAGCAUGUCUCCUUCGUCGUCGUUUCAGCUAGAUCCAUGGUCUGGUGGAUUUGUAGGAAAUCCCGAGGUUCUGGUGGUUUGUCAGAGUUAAUGGCUUUCCUCGCUCGCUACUUGAGGACGGUGUAGAGGUGGCCGGAGACUUCACUAGUUAUCCAUCGCGCGUGAGGGUUUUUACCGGAAGUUGAGAGGGAGUUUGUCUAUGGUUAAUCCGACGUGAGCUCUUAUUUUGGCCAUCCAUUGUGGGGAUGUGUGCGACUCCAGAACUUGUGCGACAAAUAGGUACUAAUUAGGUUACGACGGUUAGGGUUUUUGGUUUCUUUGGGGUUUCGGCGUAUGUGGCUGCGGGAUGCUUCCGAAGGCGGUGAACAUUGAAGAUACAUCGUCGACGGAACCUACGGGCUGCGGCUGGACUUGGACACCCCAUUCUCGGUAAAGUUUCAGAUAAUCGGAUUAAGUAGCUGCAAGUGUUCAGUCGGGGUUGGGAGGUUUCGACUUCCUAUAUAUAUAUCUUCUUCCCAUGCCUCAUUUUCUUCUUUGCUUUAGAUCUAGUUAUGUCUUGCUUAACUUAGAAAAGUUGUUUUCCGGUGUAUCCUAAUUUGGUGGUUUAAGAUUCUCAUUUUCACAGGGCUGAUAUAUAUAUAUUACUAGGUGAAUUUUCCGUGUUUAUGCAUAGAGAAAAAUAUUUUUAAAAUAAAUAUAUUAUUACCUAUUAAUAUAUUAUUUUUAAUUUAAAUAAUGAGAAAUACUCUAGGAUAACACUAAAAAGUUUCUAUCACAAAUAUAGACUCUAAGAAUCAAAAUGACUAAAAUGUUUCAUUAAAUAGGUAAAUAUACACUUAUAUCCCUAUGGUUAACUAAUCCAAACCUUAGGGUUUAGAGUUAAGGGGUGGAGAUUUGGGUUUGAGGUUUAAAAUUAUAUAAAAUA